GUCUUGUAAUUGUGACUUAAAUGAUGUGACUGUUCAUGUCUUAAGUCUGACACGCAAUUAUUAUAGAUGAAUAAUAGACAUUAAAAGUUAUCUUGAGUAAUGUGUCUGACAGUAGACUUUUGAGGACGCAAUUUUUUUAUAUUAUUCAGAGAAAAGACACAAAAAGCAUUAUGUUUGUGUAAUAGUACUCUGAUAGUCUUUAUGGCUCUAAAUGAAUGUCUAUCUGUUGUAAAAGCCUAUAAAACUGAAUAAUCAAUAAGUACAUUAGUGUGCUUCCUGACAAACCCAUCAACAACACGGUUCUUUCCAGCAGAGAAAGGUCUUCAUGUGUACACUCCUUAUAGAAUAUAAUGUUUGUGUGUAUGUUACACAAACAUAUCUCAUACAUUAUUUACAAUGGUACCAUUAUUAUUAGCAUAAGAGGAUGUGGAUGUAGUGUUGAUAUUUGUGUACGUGUUUAUGUAGGUAUUGAUGGGUUAUGUGUAGAUAUAUGUAUAUAUGUGUAAGUGUGAGUGUAUACAAAACAAUUUGGCCUCUUGAACUGUUAUAAAAACACCCCUACAUUCGUUAUCUUUUAAUUAAGAGAUGGUGUAGGCCUGUGGUCUCAGUGUCUGGCCGACAUCAGCCCUGUCUGCAAUUAGUUUGCUAAAUGUGUUCGCUGUCUGCCGGUUUAUUAUUAUUUAUCAUUAUUGAUAUUAUCAGAACUUCUGCCUCUAAUAAUAAAAUGCUGUGGUCCUCAAAUCAUUAUUUUCAUAAUAAUUAAAAACUGAAAAAUAAAAACCCGUCCCGCUAAUGGUGUCUAGCUGGCUGUGUAUAGGCCGAGGGUUUAUUAUUAGAAUUGAAGAAAUAUUCCUAACAUUUUUAACAGUAGCUGAUUUAAAAAAAUGUACAAACUAAAAGGUUAUUCUCUUCUGACGUUGUUUUACGAAAUGUUUUAAGGACGCGUUGUAUUUUCUCCAAACAAACACGGCUUCUGAAGAAUUAAUACCGCUCUGAGGGAUUCAGGACAGGGAGUGGGCGGGGCUUCGUUUGGCGCUCAAUUGAACGGGCGCUCUGAAGCGCGCGGACUCGAGGGUCACGUGACUCACCUGACGAUAACGGUCAGACAACCGUCUCUCGGCGACGUGACGCCCUCCGCUGCUUUAUCACGGCAUCCCGCUUCAGUACAGAGGUUUAGGACUUUGCACGCGAAUGAUUUAAUAACACAACAAUAAAUAAUUACAUUUCUAUCAGCAGGAGCAUGCAGCGCUGUCAGCCAACCAAUCACCUGCCGAGGAUCUGCUGGACUUCACCACAGGUGAGCACUGAUACACAUUUAAUGACUCUUGAAGAAAACGCAGGUCUGGAUCUCUCUCUAGAGCUGAACAGACAGCUUCAUGCCACACUCAGGAGAAGACAAGAGGAAAUAUCUGCCCUGAAGGAGACUAAUGCCCAGCUGAGAGAUCUGGCCAAACAGACUGAACAUCACGCCACAAUACUAGAAGCUCUGACAACAUCGCCCCAGAGAGACUCUGUAUCACACUGCACAGAGGACCUUUCUUCUGAACACUGCUGGAUCUCUCUGCUGACACGAGAAGAGCCAUCAGAUCCAUCAUCCACAGCUUUGACUAACUCCACCACCGCUGACAAACAAAGCCCAGCAGCAGGGGUCAAGCGGCAGCUGUGGUCCAGCUGGAACGACCUUCUCUGUGAAGAUGCUGAGGACGCCGGCUUGAACCGUCUGUCCGGUUACAAGCAGCCCAGACUUGUACAGGCAGACCAGGAGAAUCUGAAGGCCCAGCUGGACCGGGUCGAACAGGCUCCUCGGCAACGAAGUGAAGAUUCAGACCUGACCCAGAAGCAGAGCCUUGAGAUGUCCUCCGGAGGCUUGAUCGCACAAAGGGUGAACGUAUUUGGGGCUUUCCGUGGACUUCAAGUGGUUACACAAACCCCAUCCGUCACAUCUGAUCUCAACACGAGUGGAGAUGAUGGAAAAGUGUGCUUUAAGACCGCAGUCAGGGACCACAGUACAGUAAAGACCAAGGUUUUCCCACAUGGAAAGGCUUUCACCGCUCACACGCCGAGUGGAUCUUGUAGGUUCCUUUGGGUUCCUGAACAGCUUUAUGAUUCAAAGAGUUGAAUGUGUAUUAUAAAAUCAGCAGUGUUCCAUGUAGAUCAAAAGAACUGUUCUGUUUUGAUUGAUUGAGAACCUUUUAACAUCCAUGGAACAUUCCAAUGUGCAAAAGGUUCAUCGCCGAAAGAGGUUUAAGAACUUUCCACUGCAAGGUUUCAAA